CUGGGAAGGGAAGGGAAGGGGAGUCGGGAGCACCUGCCUGCGUGUGCUCCUGCGCGGCGGCGGUUGGUUUGGUAAGCCCCACCUCCGGUCCCAGCCACCGUUCUGUGUCUUCUGUGCUUCUCCUCCGCCUCUCUAAUGGUGAUUCGGAGUUGCUCUUCUUUCCACUGUGGGUUUCUGAUUUCCAGAGCGGCGUGGAGGAGGCACUACCCCCUCUUCUGGGCUCUCAGGCCUCCCGGGCCACCGCCGCCGCCACUCCCACAGCUGCCCACGCGCUUCUUCUCCUCCUCCUCCUCCUCUUCCCGGCGCUCCACCAAGAGAUCCGCCGCAAAGACGCCAAUGGACUCGGCUCCCGCCGGCGAACCCUUCUACGUCGUCCGGAAGGGGGACGUCAUCGGCAUCUACAAGACCCUCAGCGAAUGCCAAGCUCAAGUCGGCAAUUCGGUUCGCGACCCUUCUGUCACUGUCUUCAAAGGCUACUCUCUGCGUAAAGAAACCGAGGAAUACCUCGCGGCGCGCGGGCUAAGGAACGCUCUCUAUGCCAUUGACGCAGCAGAUGCACGAGAUGAAUUGUUCGAUGAUCUAGUUCCCUGCCCUUUCCAGCAACCUGAUGGAGCUGCAUCCUCUACUUUGAAAAGGCCACAUGAGAUUGAAACCGGACCAUCAAAGAAGCAUCCCAAAGUUGAUGAGCAGGAAUUACCUGAUAGUCAUCUCUCUUGUAUUCUUGAAUUUGAUGGUGCUUCUAAAGGAAACCCAGGGAAAGCUGGUGCUGGAGCAAUAAUAAGGCGGAUAGAUGGUUCUGUGAUUGCUCAACUACGUGAGGGUCUGGGUAUUGCAACCAACAACGCUGCUGAAUAUCGUGCAUUGAUCCUAGGGCUGACAUAUGCGGCCAAGAAAGGGUUCAAGUAUAUUCGUGCUCAAGGCGAUUCUAAGCUUGUCUGUAACCAGGUCCAAGAUCUCUGGCGUGUUAAGAAUGAGAAUAUGGCUGGCUUGUGCAAGAAAGUUAAGGUGCUAAAGGGAACAUUUCAUUUAUUUCAAAUCAGGCAUGUUUUGAGGGAAUAUAACUCGGCUGCUGAUGCUCAAGCUAACUUUGCAGUAGAACUUCCUGUUGGUGAAGUUCAAGAGCAGUCGAACUUUCCAUGCUAGCAGUUUUGUUGUGCUCAAGUGUGGUUUGUGCAUCGCUCAGGUUCUGGGACUGAAUCUACUCAAAUUUGUUCAGUUCCCAUUGACAGAAAAGGAAGAGACAAAACAACAGUUGUAGUGGAAGUGGUAGUCUGUCUGAUAUGUCUACAGGGUAUUGAACAGACUGAGAUGCAAUAUUGAGUAGGUUCCUAGGAAAUUUAAUCGUCUCAAAAUUCUAGAGAGCGCACCGUGCACAAGUUGAUUUGUCCAGGACCGGUGUUUGCUGAUAUACAAUGUUGGUAUUCGGAACAUAUUACUACUAGAAUGAAGGGAUGGACCCUGAAAUUUUUACUCCUUUCUGUAUGUUGGUUACUUGGGUUUGCGUAGGUGAGGCUAAACUAUAAAUUAAUUCAGAGCAUGUAUAUGUUUGAAGAAACAAAAA